AUGUACGUUGCGCUGCAAGCAACUUGGAAAAAUAGGUCCACUCCCUGGCGUUUCCGCACUCGAGCCCAGCGUCUUAGGCACUGGUGCACGCAACGCGACCAAGGUACCAGCCGAGUGCUUCUCAAGUGUCUGCCUGGCGGCCCGUGUACAAAGCGGGGUGCGCUUUGGAAAAUGCAGCACCCCACGACAACAACUGAAUUGAAACCCUGUGUUCUCUUAACGAACGAUGACGGUGUUGAGUCCGUGCUGCUGCUGCGCUUGGCCGCGGCGCUGGAGGAACAGUACGCACUCGACGUGGUAGUGAUCGCACCCAAAACAAACCAAUCAGCGUGCAGCCACCGACUGACACUUGCGACGCCUAUGGAGCUGGUGCACCGAGCGGAUCUCAAGACAGGUGUGUACUCGCUGGCAGGCUCGCCGGCUGACUGUGUGAUCACGGCUAUCGAGCCGAACGGACUGCUCGCCCGCCUCGGUAAAUGCGCACGCGUAGUCGUCUCUGGGCCGAACUUGGGCGCGAAUCUCGCUCAAGAUAUCUUGCAUAGCGGCACAUUCUCCGGUGCACGACAAGCCGGAUUCUAUGGUCUCCCAGCGGUAGCCUUCAGUCUCGCAGGCGAACCGUUGCAACGCGACUCGCAGGAGGCGUGCGUUCAAGGCGCUGCGUUUCUGGUAUCCCUGCUCGUGGAACGAUUACCGUUAACGCCACCCAACGCUGGACGUCUCGAUCCGUGUAGGAGUUUGCACCUGCACGGGCGCUCGGAACAUGGACCGAGACCUGGCCUGCAGACCUCUACGGCAUCCGGUACCGCAAGCAGUGUGCGGUGCACGCCUCGGCGGCACUGUGAUGUCUGUGGCAAAGCACUGGCUCCUGCCACAGAGGUAAACAGAUCCGUCGCAGCAGACGAAGAUGCUGCAUCAGAGGAUGCUUUGGAUCUGGUGUGGAGUGCGUUCUGUUAUGGCGACUUGGUACUGAAUGUGAACUUCCCUGCCCGUUGGCAUUGGGGACGAUGGCGUACAACGCAUUUAGGAGCGAUUUUUUAUCGUGAUGUCUUUCGAAGUGGUGCUGGACAGAAACCAGACUCUGCCGAAAUGGUCAUCAUUGGCGCAGAAGGGCGCCCAGAGCCGCUGUACGGCUUCGUGAACUCCGACCUGGUCGCCAUCCGAGAGGGCUACGCGAGCGUGACGACGCUCCAGACCUGGCCCGAGAGUCAUCCACUUCAGGCAAAUGAGCGAAUUGUGGAAGCGAUGGCAGUCUCGGAUCCGCAGUGGGGGCUUCCCGCCUGGAUCACGCUUCGCGUGUCACCGCAGGAACUCGGGCGCGGGCGAUAG